AGUGGUUACCGUAUAUAACCCUCUCUGCUGCUCUGCACAGCGACUGCGCCUCUGUCUACCUCAGUCCUCAGACCAAACCACAAAACCUCUCACCAUGGCUCAACAACCAAUCAGCCUUCCUGCCAAGCUUAUCAAUGGUGGAGUUGCUGGACUGGUGGGUGUCACCUGUGUGUUCCCUAUAGAUCUUGCCAAGACAAGACUCCAGAACCAAAGAGGAAGCCAACAGGUUUACAAAAACAUGAUGGACUGUCUGAUUAAGACUGUUCGGUCUGAAGGAUACUUUGGAAUGUACAGAGGUGCUGCAGUCAACCUGACACUAGUGACUCCUGAGAAGGCCAUCAAACUGGCAGCCAACGAUUUCUUCCGUCAGCGGCUCAGUCGGGGAGAACUCAAGCUGAGCGUGUUUCAGGAAAUGUUGGCUGGCUGCGGAGCAGGGAUGUGUCAGGUCAUUGUCACAACCCCCAUGGAAAUGCUUAAGAUCCAGCUUCAAGAUGCGGGGCGACUUGUGGCCCAGCAGAGGAAGUUACCUGUACUCCACACUGUGAAACUUGGGACAGCCAGUCCGGUCCUGAACUGUUCGUACAAUGUGGGUCCUGUGUCUUCGAUCAGGAAAGUGUCAGCCAUUCAGAUCACACAGGAACUGCUUCGCACAAAGGGCAUCCAAGGACUUUACAAAGGACUAGGAGCAACCCUUAUGAGGGACAUCCCUUUCUCUGUGGUUUACUUCCCACUGUUUGCCCACAUCAACAAGCUGGGCAAGACAUCUGAGAAUGAUGAUGUGCCUUUUUACUGGUCUUUUAUUUCGGGCUGUGUGGCUGGAUGUAUAGCGGCUGUGGCAGUCAGUCCUUGUGACGUCGUGAAAACCCGGCUGCAGUCACUCAAUAAAAGUGCAAACGAAGACACCUACAAUGGCGUUGUGGAUUGCAUCAGAAAGAUAAUGCGCAAAGAAGGCCCGGCUGCUUUUCUGAAGGGUGCCGGCUGCAGGGCGCUGGUCAUUGCUCCGCUCUUCGGAAUCGCUCAAGUGGUUUACUUCAUCGGCGUUGGGGAGUUUCUCUUGGGACAAACCCCAUUCAACCUUUACUCUGUCUAAGCUGUGAAAACAACCAAAUUAAACUUUAAAGACCAGCGCAGCUAUGAUGCGACUAAUUAUCUGAGAACAAACCAAACAAUUUGUAUGAGAAGGCAAAAUCGUUCAAAUCUGCGCCGUACAAAAACAUAUAUCUAGCAUUACAGGUUAACGUUAUUUUUCUUUUUAAGUUUAAAUGUUUCUAUAACGACCAAGUUAUGGGACAUCAUACACUCAGAAAAGGUACAAAAGCUGUCACGGGAUAGUACUUUUUCAAAUGUACCAAUAAGUAUUAAUUUUGAAAGUACUACCAUUCACUUUUCUCCGUGAGGGCACAAUUUUGCCAUCUUACACAAACUAUUAUGUGUCGUAUAAUUGUUAGAGUUGAAACAAAUGGUUGCUGGAGAAGACUGUCAAAGGCUUGGAGUUUAACUUCCUGUCUUUACAUGCUAACGGUAGCAUAUUCGACUGGCUUAUUCAGGAAGCUAUAUCAUUGCACAUGUUUCUUUUUCUUUUGAAAAUGUAUGGUCAGAGAGGUCAGAUUUAUCCUCAGUGAGGAUUGAUUUGAAAGCGUACGGCCAUGACUCGUGCAUUCAAGGGCCAGAAAAUUGUGUCAUAUCUUUUUUUUUUUUACAUGUCAUCCAUUAACAGUUCUGUCCUACCUUUCUUGUGACGUUUUGCACAUGCACAGUAUAAAGGAGGCACUGCUGAUUAAUGUGGACAUUAGCAUGGAGACAUACCUAUGAGGACAUUGUUAUACAAUAUACAUAACUCUAAAGAGACACACACACAGAGACAGGAUGUUUGAUUCCUGCUGAAGUGAGGCUUUGCUUUUACAGAAUUAAACAACAUUCUGUUCAACCUAACCUUGUUAAACUGUCAUACUUAAGAGUCUGUGCAAACAUCUUGAACCAUUCCAGAAACUUGAGUGUGCUAAACAGAAGAAAUAUGGAACAAAAAUACAAGAACAGUGGUUUGACACAAGGACCAUAACUAAAAUAUCUGUGCGUUUUGUUCUUGUUGUGCCUAAUUUUGAAUGCAUUAAAUACAAAAUACAUUUCAAAAAGUUU